AUGGCAACAUCUGAGAAUUCCUGCACCACUUCGAAGAUCAGAAGAGUGAGAAGAGGAGCUGCUUUGGGUAUUCACCUCGGAGUGCAGGCGUUGGAAGUGUCCAAAGCGGCUCCUCCCUGGCUGCCAUUUGUGGCCUUUGCGAACGUCAUGGCGGCGAAGGAUGAGCAGGGCGAGUUCUUCUGGCGCAACGAAACCAGUCGUGCGCUCUUGGAGCGGUUUGCGGAGCGGCACUUGAGGAGGCGGCCCAGCUGGGCCCAAGCAGUCCAUGCUGGCGAAUGGCUCUCCGAGCUUCUUCGAGGUUUGUGUGAUCGCCUGGCGAAGAUCUUCCUGGAGGAGUCAUUUAUGGACUCCCUGGUGGCCAGCGUUUUGUGGUCUUUCUCUGCCAGCUUCAUGCCAGCUGAGUGCCAGGCAGUCUGCUGGGGCAGCGACGACCUGACUCUCCUUCGCUUUCUGGAUCGGGCCUUGCCGUGUGCCUCGCCCUUACUCUGGCAAGUGCAGGAUUACACUGCUCCAGAGGGGGCCAAUGCCAAGCUUGCAAAGCUCAGCUCGCUGGGCAGUUCCAGCAGGUCCUGGCCGCGUGUGAUCGCUCAGACCGGCAACGCCAGGACAGAGAAAGUCGACCUGGAGAGCUUGGAAUGA